AUGAUGCGACCGCGCGACCCCCGCAUCCGACAACGGAUCAAUCAGAUCUCCCAUAACAUUGAGACCGCCAACGAAACUGCGCAAGAAGGACUUUAUACUUUCUCCCACAACUACAUAUCCCCGUGUUUUGAGUCCAUUGGAAACUGCGUGGCUGCAUGUACAGCACCUUGCCUCCCGAGCCGAGAUGACCACCUAAGACGGCGACGACGCGGUCAAACCGAAGCCAACUUUGAUUUCUACGAUGAUUGGGCCAACGAAGAAGAAGAUGACGGCCUGAUUGGAUGGAGUACCGGCGAACUCGACCGCCUCCUUGCUGGCAGCGGGCUGGCGCGCGGACCUGCUGACCAGCCGCGUCGGCAGAGGAGGAUGAGCUACGGAACACGCAACACGAGGCGAAGGAGCACCGUGCACAUUCCAGACAAUCGCGACGACCCGACUGUAAUUCCAAGCUCCUCUCUCCUUGGUUUUCUCGAGCGCUUUCCGUGGAGAUUCGGUGCAAGGGGAGUCAAGUAUCGGCCUUCGGCUGCUGAUCUCCAAGAACACCCCGGCGCCCGGCGCUAUGCGCAUGAAGACGAGCCACUAAUGGAAGCUGUGGAUGAUGAUGGAGUUAUAUUGUCGCCUAGCCCUACUAGGAGGAAUCGCAGUGCCACGCAAUCAUCCCGCGGAACGGACAACUCGCUUAGCUCGCGCGGGGAUCUCUUCCCUAGUGAUGAGGAGGAAGAUGCAGUGCCACUUGAUGAUGAGUUUGCGCUUGCUUUCGGGCGCCGUGGAACGGGCUUGGAGUCUGAUGAUCAGUCCGGGGCGAAGUCUGAACUUAUACAGUCUACAUCCGCGUCCAGUCUCGGUGGUGCAUCCUCGAAAAAGACAAAGAAGAAGAAGAAACGAUCUCCAAAACGAUCGGCUAGUGCUCAAAGUGACACACCGUCGAUGGCAGACUUGAAGACAGAAGAGCAGCGUGCGGCAUUGGAAGAAGAAGCGGAUAUUGAGAGACGACGGCUUGCUGCACACGAGCUGGCUUUGAGUCGAGGCCUUGAUACGGGAGGCGGUGAUAAGGUAUGGAAUCCUGCAUCUUCUGGUCUCAGCGAGAAAACCUUGGAAUACACCUAA